UGCGCGCCGGUCGGUCGCCGAUCGUUUGCCUAUUUAGAACCAAGGUCCGUCACUUGAAGCGGUUUUUGGAGCAUUCUCAGCGAUAAAGUAUUUCUGUCGACGUGCGGUUCAACAGCAACUCAGACUCGACGCCUACAACUCCACACAGCCAAACGCUACAACAUUUUACACAGCAGCACAAGAAGAACAGCAAAUAAACACAAUACAUCAAAACUUAUACUAAACAAAACUACGCAAAACCAUCCACUUACAACCUCUUCUUCCGCUCAGCAAAUGGACCGGUCCCGCUCCUUCUCGCGGCCGCGCCCUACCAACGGCAAACCGAGAUCCCCAUCGCCCAAAGCGGCCAACACCACCAGAACCAGAAUGCCAUCUCGCGGCCGUCCAGAGUCGCGCAACACAUCCUCGCAUCCCAACUCCCGCUCAAGGUCCAGCUCCGAGUCCAGCUCCCGCUCUCCCAGCCGCCGCCGCCAUCAACAUCACCACCAACAUCACCAGCACAGCCAACCCCAGCACGAACACCAUCACGGCCUUUUCAAGACUUCUGCUAGUUUGAUCGCUGGCAUCGGGCUGGCUACCGUCCUAGCCCACAAGGUCUGGCCGAAGGGAGUCCUCCAUGGCGACGACGAGGAGUGGGAGUCCCGCCCCAAGUUGAAGCACCACCAUCAUCACCACCACUCAUCAGAGCGCCACCACCGUCGCACCUCAGAUGCCGACCGCAUGGUCGACCGUGCGAGGAGCGCGCACCCCCGCGGCGAUGUCAUGUACGUCGAGGAAGCAGGUCCCUUCAGGAGGGGCGACAGCAGGAGGAUGUCACUGGGCCAAAGAGCCUUGGAGAGACCAGGGAGGGCAGAGGAUGAGAGGACACUGUGGGAUGCUCAUUCUCCAAGAGGUCGGCCCGCUGGGCUCCCGUAUCCCGAGACGCCGUAUCCCAACGAGAAGUUUUACGAACCAGUGCGAAUGAGGGCUCCUGUUCCGGAGCCUAUCCCUGCCUUUCGUUGAGCGAGACUGGCAAUUAUGAACGAAAAUGAAACUAGUAGACUGACGACGUGAACGAGACCGAACUGUCUUUGGAUAAUGAUUUAAUGUUAUGGCUGGUUGGGCUAGCCCCUCUCCUUAUUGUUGCAAGAUCUGGAUAAUGUGGACACGAAUCGAUGACUAGGUAGACUGGAUAUACAUACAUGU